AUGACAGAUCUGUCGGACCGGCAGUGGCGGGCGCUGGCGCAGGCUUACCCCUUUUACCUUGCCGGCGAAGUGGGUGUCGGAGGCCUUGCUAGUGACCGUUCGCCGGAUCGCCAAGCUGGUCUGACUGAAAGCGAGCUUGCGGCUACGUCGCUGUCGUCGAGUGACGAGUUUGUGCAGUAUGUUGUGCCACGAGUAGCGAAGGCUUUUUCCGAGGAGCUGCAGGCCUACGAACGGGCCAGCGGCUGUGGCGGCCAACCAGCCCAUCCCAACGGUGACAGAGUUUGUUGCGCGUCGUCUCGGUCCGCAGCAGAGGCUGUGGAUGCCCUGCUCGUGUACUUGUUUGACUGCACCACCUCGGCGCUCUCGCGAGGCUCAUCAACGAAGCAGCGCAGACCCGUCGCGUCCGCAUGCUUUGCGUCGCUCAUCACGCCCCUCUCACGCCGCGAGCAACAGCUGUUGGGCCUCUACCACCGUAAGCAAGAGCAGUACACCUACGUAUUGAGCACUCAGCAACAACUGCUUGCGGCGUCCCAGCUCGCCGUGCAGGCGUUGCAGGAAGUGAGCAGUUCCAUCCUUUCAUACGCGCAAAGAGGCGCGGGUGCGUCGCAGCGGGGAGCGGGGGAGAGCCUGGCCGCCUCCACUCGUGGGAGCGUUGUUUUUCCUGGCGACCAGAAGUUAUCGGUAUGGUCACCGCUGACGCGCGCAACGGCCAGUGGCGAUGGCAACUCUGCCGGUGCGGUACAAGCCGCGUCCUCAUCAUGUGCCCCGACUGCGAGUGGCGCGAACAGCUGUGAUGCCAGUCGUGCCUUUACGAGCGCGCUAGCCAACGUUCCGUACGAGAGCCACCCACGAGAGACGCCGGCAGCGGCGUGUGUGUCAGUGGAUGGCUCAUCCGUAGUCAGCACUUGGCGAGACUCCCCUUUACUUCACGCCUGCGCCGAUACCGCACCGCUGCUAAUCGCCAUGAGCCGCUGUGCCGGCUGCCACGAGGCGGGCGGUGAUCUGCUCAUCUGCACUCAAUGUGAGGAGAUGCGCCACGAAGCCUGUGGCGGGCCGCACCCGCCAGAGCCCGGAAUGGCCGGGAAGAGGGUGUCCACUAUGAGCGUCUGCAAGCGGUGCGCGAACGCGCUGAACUUGUCCAGCAGCUCGUCGAGCCUUCGCAGCACCACCUCCUCUAGCGAGCGAGCGGAGCUGGACAAGUACUUCAGCUCUGACGACGACGUCAGCAGCCUCUCCGGAUUCAUCGUGAACACCAGCGAUGAUGAUGAGGCAGAGGAGGACGACCAGAGCGCUGAGGACGACGGUAGCAGCGAUGUGAAACGAGCCAAGGGCACUGAGAAAGGUGAGAAGCGGCAGAGGCAGCAUCAGUCAAGGGGCGCGUCGGCACCACCGCGGAAAGGCCAGCACGCCAACAAGAACAGGAAGCAGAGGUCUGCCGCAGGUGCCACAGACGCAGCGUCCGAUGUGUCGUCGGCGUCUUCAGCCGCCUCGGGGUCAUCAUCGCGGAUUUGGAGCCGCUCUGCGUCGCUCGACCGCGCCCUCGCAAUGGCUGCAAAGAGAAGGAGCAAGAAGCACGACUCAGCCAAUAAAGUGCACGCUGUUGAUAACGAAAGUGUUGCUGGGGCUUCGGCACCGCGGAAUGAGGGUCACGAGGGGCAGCGACGGAAGCGACGCCGCGCGCGCCACGAGGAUGAGGAGAGUGGACGCCGUCUGCACAAGCGGAAGCGCCCUGCUGCUGAGGCCAGUGAUGCCUCUUCACUGACGUCGAGCACGUCCUCGGGGUCGUCAUCGUUGUCGACCAAGAAGGUGCGGCUGCUGAGGCAACCGAAAAAAAAGGCGUCUUCACAACACCAGAGCAACGCCCAGGUGCCACCGUCACCGCCGCGGCAGGAAGACGCGAGGCGGGUGCCCACGUGUGCGAGUAAGGAGGGCACGACGCACUCGCCUGUAGACCGCCGCCGAGCAGAGCCGCCGUCGGCUCAGUCGCGUCAUUUAGCGGUUCUGGAAGAUGAGGAAGAGCUCAGCGCGCUCGGCAUCGCUUCAUCUUCUGCAUCCGGGAUGCCGCCGCCACCGCCACCGUCGUCGUCGAAGCGGCGCCAAAGCUGCAGUGCUAACCGAAGUGGUGGCCGCAAACGCCUCAUGAACGCUGCUUCGUCUUCGUCCUCUAGCGACGACAGCAACUGA